AUGGCGCCGAGACGAACGCCAUGCGCAAUCGCAAGUACCGUGAACUUGGUCCACCAGCGGCAGGCAUUGCAACCUGACGUCCAUUUAACGUGGUUUCGUCUGAAGUUUCGAUCUCAAGUACCAUUAACAACAGACCCUGUCUUGCCCAGUGGACGGUGGCAGCAACCCUCGGGCAUGACUUGUUGUGCGUGCUUCAAAACGGCCGAAACUGUGAUUUGCAAGCAGAGUCGUGUUUGA